AUGGCGUCGUCUGCGCGCCGAGCAGCUGCCGAGUCGAGCGACCCGAGCAGCAAGCGCUUUCGUUCUAUUGUCAGCGACAGCGCACAAGCAGCGGUAGUCAAACACCAGCCCUGGCAGCUGGUCUGCCUGGCCUCGUGUUUCGUGAUCAGCGUGGUCGUCAUGAUGGGCUUCGGCGCCGCGUCCGUCUCCGGCUCUCCGCACCGCUCGCUGUCCACCACCGCCGUGCCUCGACGUAGCGUCGGCCGUGCCAGAGGUGCGCUCACGUGGUGGUACUUCGGCACAAACACUCACGCUGGAGCGGCGACGGCGACGAACACGACCAUCGGAAACGUUCUACCGAGACUUCGAUCAGGAGACGAAGAAACCUCCGACCAGGAGUCGUCGAUCGAGACUAUGCGCAACAUGAAGCACGUCGUGAACGCUCCGCUGCUUCCGCCGGAGCCAGUGAACGCCGGCAUUCAGAAACACGGGUCUGAGCAAGGCGCGCAGGUGGCCGAGAAAAAUGCUACGGACGCGACGAAUCCCGGGACGACGCGCCUUCCAAGUACACCGACCGUGCACGGGACGCGCCGCGUUGGCCUGGAAGGUUCCACUCCCAUUCACUACGUUUUGGAGAUCGAGCCAAGCAUGGACGAAGCGACCAACUUUUCGUUCAACGGAACCGUCACCAUCACUUUCGUGUGCCGUAAGCGCACGGACAAGAUAGCGCUACACGCCGCGCCCGGAUUGGCAGUGGAUGUGCUCAACGUCGUGGCCACCUUUAGGAGCGUCCAGAAGCCGCUGCGCAUCGACAACACGUCUCGCAACGUAAUCGAGGACCUGUACCACAUUCGACUGAGAGAGCAGCUGCACAGGAACGAACGCUACAACGUGACCCUGCGCUUUUCGGGUACGGUGGGCACGGAGCCCAAAGGACUGUACCGGGUCGGCUACAUCGAUGCACCCGGAAAGCGACACAAGUGGGCUCUUCUCACGAAAAUGCGUCCCACGUACGCACGUAGGGUGUUUCCUUGUUUCGACGACCCUUCAGUGACGGCCAGCUUUGACAUUACCAUCGUGCACAAGAAGGCAGUCAACGCUGUGUCCAACAUGCCAGUCUAUAGGACGGAAAGAAGGACGCCAGACCUUGUGGCCGACACUUUUGCCAGGACGCCGAGGAUACCAACGCUGCUCAUCGCCAUGACGCUGAACGACUUUCCGUCCUUCGGCAAGGGCACGAUGAGGGUUUGGACUCGUGCGUCGGCUACGGCCCUGGCACAAAAACUGGCUCUGGACGUUGUGCCAAAAUUACUCGAGCAUUACGAAGAUUAUUAUGAAACGAAGUAUCCGAUGCCGAAACUGGAUAUCGUGAUCAUUUCCAACUGCUCCAUUGACACGUCCGGCUACUUUGGAUUGAUCUUCAUGAAAGAGCCGACGUUCGUCCUUCAGAAUCCACGAAAGACGAUGGCCAAGGAUGCUUUGCAGCGGUUGUCGGCUUUAGCUCACGCCGUAUCGGCGCAGGUGAGUUUGUGCGUUCACACUGACUUCAAUCUAUAG